CUCAUAUUUAUAUGUUUCUUUCUCAAUUAUUUAGGCUAUCUAUAUCUUUGUUGUUCAUUUUUGUCUCUGAAUCCCUAUUCCAUUUCACCUUUUCCCUUUCUCUAAAUUUCGUCAUCAUUAAAUUUCAUCCUCAACUUCAUCAUAAUUAAAAGCGGGUAAAUUUAAUCGCAGCAUGCAAAAGCUGUUCGCCAUUUCAGAUCUGUCUCACUGAUUUGAUUUUUCAUUUUUCAAGAUUUCGAGAAAUCUCAUCGCGUUUGCCUAUGAAUUGAAGCUUCAAUUCCUUAAAUUCCCGAGGAAGAAGAAGUAUUAGUUUCUUGUUUCUCUCUCUUGAAAUUCCGCCUAAUUAAUCAGCUCAAAUUCACUCGAAUCUUGUGAGAAAUCGGUGAUUGAUUCACGGCAAUGGAAAUCGUCGGCGGCGGCGAGAAGCUCUACUCUCAGAAUCUGAGAGACUUUCUGAGAAUCAAGGAAGAAGAUCAUCGGAGGAAUCUCAACCAGAGCACCUCAUCCAGUACCGGCAGCUCCUCCCGCCUGACACUAAGCGCCAUUCUCAGUGACAGAAUCGGCCAGCCUCCGCCGCCCGAGGUCGAGUCGAACCGGACACUGCUCGACGUCAUCCGCGAGGACCAAACCAUCAGUCUAGGCCGCGGCCGGGGAGAUAGUUGGCGGAAUUUGAAGGACAAGCUCCGCCUCCGCCGCAGCAGAGGGGCCGCCAACCGCCACUCCGCUGACUCGGACGAGUCGACUCGGCCGAUUCCUCUCAGAAACCCUAGGCGGUCAACGGAGAGCGCGAGCGAGAGAUUGGAGGCUCCGAGGAGGCAAUCGACAGCCGAGGACAACGGUUCGCCGGCGGAGCAGCCGGUGAGGAUGUCCUUGAUGGCUUUGCUGGCGGAGAAUGAUGGGCAAAUGGGGUACGUUAUGGGUGAGGAAGAGAGUGAUAAGGAUGUAAAAGAGGAAAUAAAAGAGGAAAUCGGCGUGGAGUUGGAAAAGUGCUGCGUUUGCAUGGUGAGACAUAAGGGGGCGGCUUUUAUCCCCUGCGGGCAUACAUUUUGCAGGCUGUGCUCCCGGGAGCUCUGGCUACACAGACGAAACUGCCCUCUUUGCAACAAUUUCAUUGUGGAAAUUCUUGAUAUCUUUUGAUCACUUUUUACAGCUCUGUGGAUAUGGAUUCUUGAAUCUUCAUCACAUCUUCUUCUUGCAAUUCUCUUUUCUUUUUAUAAUUCAAUUUUUGGUUUUCGUGGU